AUGGUUAACAUUACUGAUGAGCAAAGAGAACAAAUUCAAAUUCUUCAAUCAUUCCUUGACCAAGGUUUGAUGGAUCCUGAAGAUUUUGAGGAGGAAAAGAAAAAGAUUUUAUCGGGAGGUUCCUUUGAAGAAGAAGAUGAAGAAGAAGAAAUACCAAUUGUUAGUCAAAAAUCUACACCAUCUCAAUCAACAACAACAACAACCAAACCAACAACAACAACAACAUCAUCAACAUCAAGUCAACAACGUAAACAUAUUGUUGCCGAAUCAACAGAUGAUGAUUCUGAUGAUGAACCAAUUAUUAAAUCAUCAUCUAAUAGAAUUGUCAAUAAUCGACCAAUUAUUAACAAACAAGUCAACAACACUACUACUAGUAGUGGUGGUAGUAGUAACAAUAGAACAUCAAACAAAUAUUCAUCUAACAGUAGUGAUAAUAGUAGUGAUGAAGCUGUUAUUGUAAGUGGUGGUGAUGAAAGUAAUAGUGAUAGAGAAUUAUCAGCAUUGAAAUCUGCAAUUGGAAAGAAAAUUCUUCAAGAUUCUACAACUGAAGAUGAAGAUGAUGAUUCAGAUGACCAACCAAUUAUUUCAUCAUCAAAGAGAGUAGGAGCUAGUACAACCAUUUCAAAGAAACCAUCUACUACUACUACUGCUGCUGUUUCUUCUAAUUCCUCCUCUGGUUAUAAAUUAAAUUUAACACCUGAAGAAAGAGAUUUAUUAACACCAGAUCAAAUUCAACAAUUGGAAAAAUUGGCCAAUUUAGUUGAAUCUGAAAUUUUAUCAGAGGAUGAAGUAAUUUCAAAGAAGGAAACUCUAUUGAGACAACAACGUAAAAAAUUGGAAGAAGAAAGAAAGAGACCAUCUGAAUCUAUGGUUACAACAACAACUGUUAAGAAAUCUUCAAAGAAAUCCAAUUCUACUGCAACAGUUGAAGAACAAUUACAAAAACUUCAAGAUUUACUUGAUGCAGGAAUUUUAACAGAUGAAGAAUAUAAAGCAAAGAAGAGACAAUUAUUACCAGAUGAUGAUGAAGAUGAAGAUGAAUAUGGAGAUGAAGAUGAUGAUGAUGAUGAUGACGAUUCAGGAUUGAAAUUAAAAUUAACACCUCAACAAAGAGAUCAAUUGAGUAAAUUAGAUUCUCUAUUAGAACAAGGUAUUUUAGAACAAGAAGAAUAUGAUGAAAAGAAGAGACAAGUUAUGGGAUUAAAGAAAGAUCAAGCACCUUCUAAAAUUAUUGAAAAUAAGAAGAAACAACAAGGUGAAUUUGGUGAAACUAUGGAUUUGGCAAUUUACAUUUCCAAUAUUAAGGCAACACCUGAGAAACCAUUUAAAUUACUUUAUGAAGGUAAAACAGUCAUGUAUCAGAGAGAGGAUUCAACUCCAUCUGGUAAAACAGUUAUUGUCAGAGGUACUUUUCCAAAACUACCAAGAGAAGAUUGCAUUGUUUCUCUAUUAAUUGAUAUGCCUGAAGCAAAUAUUUAUACUCAACAAAAUUUCAAUCUCUCUCAACAUGGUAAAUUCAUUCAAAUUCUAAUUACUCAAGAAGGAAAUAGAAAUAAUAUUAGAAUCAAACAACAACAUAAUGAUUCAUUUGAUACUAAUCAAUUAGGUGAUAAGAAUGAUCAAAUGAGUAGAAUUUAUCUUCAUUAUGCUGCUAUUCCUGCAAGUGAAGAUGAACCAUUCAGAGUUUGGAUUAAUGACAUGUUAGCUCAUCAAAUGACAGAAUCAAUGACAAGUUCACAAAGUGGUGUCAUUCGUGGUUCAAUUCCAAAAGUUAAAAGAUGUAAUUUGACUGAUGAUCCAUUCCAUUGUAUUGAUUUGAGAAUUCACAUUCCAUUAAUUGAUCCAAUGGUUAAAUCAUUUAUUGUAAAUUUAACAAAUAAUGGUGAACACGUGGCAUUGAUUUUAAAUAAUUCAACAAUUACUGUUAAACAAUCAAAAUCUGAAAAGGUUUUAGAAGAUGAAAAUGCUUUAAUUUUACAAUCAACUAACAAACAACCAAAUAAGAAAUAAUUUAUAGAAUAUUGAUGAUUCAUUGUGGUGAAAUAAAUUUACUAUUUGUUGU